CACCAUUAAAUAAAGCCAAUAGUAACAAAAAUUCAAUUAUACAAAACUAAUUAUUUGUAGCUCAGGUUGUUAUUGUUACAAUAUUCAAAUUCAACACUUUCCCUCCAAAACCCUAACGACUUCAACUCUCGGAAAGAUUGGAUCUUCAAUGUAUUUUAAUAUCUGUAUGACAUAAUCCAUCUUUAUUGGUCAAGUGUUUUAAUCUAAACAUGGCUUCUAAUAAUUAUAACCACUCAACACAGAUGUCUAAGGUUAAAAUAACGAGCAACUUCGAAGUUAGGUCAAUCUCGAUGCAGGAUAGAGAAGAGAUCAGACGAAGACUCGCCAUGGAGAGUGAUUUUGAUGAUAGAAACAAUAAAGGAUGGAAAUCAUCAACCGUUGGUCACAAGAAAGGCUAUCUUAAUAAAUUAAUGACUAAUACAAGUGACUUGCGUUUGUGUUUUUUCAAUAAAACACCAGACCAUUAUGAGGAAACUCGAGACUUGGAAAGGCUUCGUCAAGAUGCCUUCAAUCGUAUCACUGAAGAUUUCAAUAAAAAAGCUCAAGGCAUGGAUUUCAAUAACAAUGAAGAUGUUUCUGCGGACGAGAAUCAAUUGGUAAAUGAACUUGAAAGGUGCAAUAUCGAGAAAGAGAAACCUCAUGAUUUAAUGGUAAAUUUGCGACGGAAUAAAAUGGAAAGGUUCAGAUACAUUUUAAAUACAGCUCGUCCAAAUGAUAUGAGUACCUUCCAUCGUUAUCACAAUUUAAUUAUUGCUGAAGCUAGAUUUGCGCUUAGUCAAGCAAAGGAAAUGGCUCAAAUGCAAAUGGAAACCGAAAGAUCUAAAGUGAAGCCCAAUCCGGUUGCUGAGUUAAUACAAUUGCCAGUGGACCGUCAUUUCAAUAAGGAAGUACUCAAAGAAAUGAGUGUUCCUAAAUUGCAGAUUAUUGUAAAUGAUUUACUUUCACAAAUUGAAGCCCUAAAUGAAGAGCUGGUACAAAUGCUUCAAGAAAGAGACGAACUUCAUAUGGAACAAGAUUCAAUCCUUGUAGAUAUUGAAGACGCUACAAUAUUUUUGUUAAAACGCAUGAAACAUCAAAAUUCAAGAAGUCUUGAGUUGACAAGGAAAGCAUCUCAUUAAUUGUAGCCAAACGUACAGUUUACUGGAAUCGUUUAUUUGUAUCACGUUAACCUAUUGGACAAUUCAUUUGGAUCUCAAUUUUACUGCCCAGCAAUCACGCUGAUUCACUCUUAAAAUCAUAUCUAAUUAUAUAUGUACAGUUGAAUUUACUCACAUUGUUUGAUUAUUUAAGAA